AUGCCGACCCGAUACAAUGUGCCUGCCGAGCUGUCCCCAUCCACCAUCUGCACGGAUGCGCAGAUGGAUACCCCGGAUGGCCGCAAGGAAGCCAGGAAGUUUGCGAAGAGCCUGUUCCAGGAGAAGUUCCAGUCCCCGCCGCUUGACAAGUCGGGACGCCCCUCGAAGGACGUCCUCUACAUGCGCAAGAAGCUCCGCUUCUAA